AUGAAAAUGAAAUAUGCUUUUGGAUCAAAUAAUAGUCCUGAUGAAUUACCAGUAUCAUAUCAUACCACAAAACAUACGCUUUUCGCUUAUGGGCGAGGUAUUUACACAACGUCUGAUACUAAUCUAGCAAAACUUUAUGCUUUCAAUUUUACUUAUAACGGAGAACAAUAUUAUAUUAUGCUUCAGAAUCGAGUCAAUUCAAGGGCUUUAAUAAAAUUCGAUGGUGAUAAAUGUGAAUUCGGAGAUUAUUGGAUAUCAUCUAAUGCUGAUGAUAUUAGAUCAUACAGAUAUUGUAUAAUCAAGAAAUCGUAA